AUGGAAUAUUACAAAAAUCGUACGCGCCCUUCUAAGGCUUUUAAUAGUUUCUCCACAAACUAUUUUAAUCAGAAUUCUAUAAAAGAUAAGGAAAAAGUGCAGUGCGGUACCAGAACAGUGGAUUUUACGUUACGAAGGGGUAAAAUCGUUGGGGGCUCAGAGGCCCCUUAUGGGGCCUUCCCUUGGCAGGUGGAAAUUCAAAUGCUAGAUGCAGAUAAGUUAACGUUUGAACAUCAUUGCGGAGGUGCUGUGAUUGCUGAGAGACUGGUCCUAUCUGCUGCCCACUGUUUUGAUAAGCAACCGCUUCAACUCGAUCAUAUCAGAUUGUUAGUAGGGGAACAUCGUUUAAAGUUACAGGACAAGCAUGAAAAUAGAUUCUUAGCUGAAAAAGUGGUUGCGCACCCGGAUUUUAGAAAAAAUGGACCCCACAGCAAUGAUAUAGCAGUAGUGUUGGUGUCACGGUCAGGUGUCCAGUUCAACAGCCACGUCAGACCGAUCUGUCUGCCAGACAAAUCUGACAGCACAGGUCGAUGGUGCGCAGUCAGUGGCUGGGGAUACCAGGCAGAAGGAACAGAGAACUUCGCGCCAGUUCUGAGAGCAGCAGCAGUACCUGUUCUUGACCAAAGUACCUGUAGAAAAGAGAAAGUUUUAGGAGGGUGCCAACAAACAAUCCUUGACUCCAUGUUGUGUGCUGGUGUCCUGUCAGGGGGAGUUGAUGCAUGCAAAGGAGACUCGGGAGGUCCUCUAGCCUGUUAUACCAGUAGAUGGCAGUUACAUGGUGUAGUGUCAUGGGGAUCAGGGUGUGCGAGGCGAGCGAGGCCAGGUGUAUAUACUAGAGUAGCAUCUUAUGUGGACUGGAUCAGAAGUACUGCUUCUUCAUUGGGACAGAGAAUUUCU